UUUCUUUUGACCACGUUGGGAUUCUUAAAUUUUGCAACAUGUAAUGGAUCAAUUAUUCAUGAAGCUUUGCAGCAAAUUUUUGGUUCUUCACAGACGCCAGCUGCAGAAGCUGAGUUGAUGGCAUUACUCAAUGUUGCAGUUGACAUGCCCCGGUUUAAAAUUGAUGGUGCAAAAUACAAAGUUCCUGAACUCGACGAGCCUGGAGCUGUGGACUUUGCGAAACAGUUGAUUGCUAUGGCUGCUGCGGGCAACGACUGUUCUUCUGAGUGGAUCGCUGCCAUCCGCAGUUUCUUCACCUCAAAUGUCGCAAACAUGACUACAAAAUCACCGAAUGUUUUCGGGAAACGUCAGGCUUUCCCAGCUCUUCGCCGAAUGAUCCUAGCCCAGCUGGUCAAGGCCUGGGUUACACGUAUGCAACGGCAGCUGCCAGGACAGAUUGAGGAGGGGCUGCAACAAAUGUUUCUGGAGCUUUACGAGGCUCACCGGGUGGUGGCCAUCCGUAAGGGCAUUAUGGAGUACUUCCACAUCUCCAAGGCGGGGGGCACCAGCUGGUGCCAUGCGGCGAAAAACAACGGAUGUCGCGCACAGAUCUACGACUCGGCGUACAUUUGUCAGAUCAGUCAGUUCGAUGACCGAGUUCGGUGGCUGAAUAACAACUUCCACGUGCGGCGCACCGGUCGGGGUGCCAGGUGGGGGAGCUGGGGUCGCGCCAAGCGCGUCACCAAUCUGACCUCCUGCGCCCAGCGCCACGAGUUUGCUGCGCUGAUGGGCUACCAGUACUUUUCCAACGAGUACACGCUGCACGAGGGCUUCGAGGACCCGGCCAAUGUGGGUAUAUGCCACCAGUUCUUUAAUGUCAUACUCAUAAGACACCCUCACAAGCGGCUGCUGUCCCACCUCAAGUUCGUUGUGUUGCAAAUGAAGUGGGACUACCGGAAUAACGACCUCUUCAACCGAACGUUCUGGGGUACCGACUCCGAGUUCUGGGACCAGUUUGGACCCGUGUUGGUCGACAAUUACAUGCUGCGCGGCAUGUUGGGUGAGACGGUGUACCACGCGCCUAUUGGUUCCUUGGGCGCGGAGGAGAUCGCGCGAGCGAGAGCCAUUCUUCAACAGUACGAUUUGAUUAUUGACCUUGAGGAGGGACAUGACGCGGUGGACCAGCUUAUUGAGCUCGGAGUGGGCUGGCCGCACACCCUGAGGGAGAUCCAUGACAAGGAUUCGGUGAAGGCCGCCCAGCGUCUCAACCUAACGUACGACCCGUACUUGCCACGAGAUCUUGACUUUUUGUACGACAGGCAGGCGCCCGACAUGGAGUGGUACAAUUUUGGCCGAGUGCUAGUACGACUGGACGAGCUACUGAUGUCCGUGGUGGCGGCCCUGGGCGCCAAACCCCUUCCCUCCCUGGACCUGCGGGAGCUGCAUGGCAACCCCCGGGCCAUACAUUGCGGUUUGUUUCGCCGGGGCCCCCGCCUGCCGGGAAGUUCAGACGAGCGAUGGAUGCCCAACGACUUCUUCAGUAAAGUGACGGCGGAGAUGCUGGCGGCGCGUCAGGCCGCCGCCGCCAAGGCGGCGGCACGCGCCAAGGCCGUACGUGCCGCCAAGGAGGCGGCGGCGGCGGCGGCGCAGGGCCAGGGUAUGCAGGCAGCGGGGGGCCGGGGUCUGCAGGGGUUAGAUUUGGGGGGCGAAGGGGAGGGGCGGGGAGGAGGGGGGCACUCACUAACUCACCCACCCAGCCACCCACCCGCCCGCGCGCCCAACUUAACAACAAGCACGAAAGAAGAGGGGGUCCAGGGUCUAGAAUGUUCAGAAUGUAUGUGUCUAGGUAGUAGUACAUAUUGUAACAUGCAGAAUAUGUUUUUGUGUUCAUGAAUGCUCAUCUUGGUGUUCGGUUGGUGCUUAUUUAUUUCUUAUCUGCGCUGCUGCUGCUGCUGUGGAGGUGAGGGUGUCCAUAUAAAAAACAUUUUUUUGUCCGUGAUGGCUUUGUGGGCGAACUUGGAACUUGGAAGGCGAUGGAGACAUAAUAUGGCUAUUUAUGAGUGUUACGGAGUGGGAGGUAUCUGGGCCGAAUGCAUUUGAUUGAAUUCUGGUCUAGGAUUAACACCUUAAAGAGCACUAU